AUGCUCAAAGGCCCCCAAACACUUGCCCAAGUACAUAAACUCCGGACCGCCACCGGCACGGUCACCCAAUUCCCAGACAAAAUUGCCACAGAGUUCCGCAACUUUUACUUGUCGCUAUACAACCUCACACGUCCUGACCAACCGGUGGAAAUUGCGAAUAAACGAUACAGAAAUAUACGCGAAUACCUGACAAAAUUUGUCACAAACAAACUACCACCGGACGAAAUGGAAUCCAUGGAGGAACCAAUCACAGAAGCGGAGGUAGCCGGAGCAAUCAAAACAGCAAAAACAGGAUGCACACCAGGCCCCAAUGGCUACACCCUGGACUACUAUAAAAAAUUCAAGACUCACUCAAGCCUUUAA